AAAUUCCAGAACCCAAUAACAGAUUGAUCCGUUUCUCCCGCGGUAAACCCUAGCUUCACUAUCUCCUCUCUUCUUCGUCUCCUCUCUCUCUCUCGCCAUCGGUGCCAUAUCGCUAGGUCAUAGCCGUUGUAGCAAGCAAUGGCGAACUACGACUACGACGACGCACCGGCCAACUCGGCGGCCCCACCGUCAUCCCAAUCCCAAGCCCAAGACUCGGUGCUCGGAUACGACCCGAACUUCGUGCCGGACUCGGUAAAGUCUUUUGUGGUGCACCUGUACAGGCACAUCCGGGAGAAGAACGUGUACGAGAUCCACCAGAUGUACGAGACGUCGUUCCAGACGCUGUCGGAGCGGCUCUUCAAGGACACGCCCUGGCCAUCCGUGGACGCCGUGGCCCACUACGUCGACAACGACCACGUCUUCUGCCUGCUCUACCGUGAGAUGUGGUUCCGCCACUUGUACGCCAGGCUCUCUCCCACGCUCAAGCAGAGGAUCGACUCCUGGGACAACUACUGCAGCCUCUUCCAGGUCGUGCUUCACGGGGUCGUUAACAUGCAGCUGCCCAACCAGUGGCUCUGGGACAUGGUUGAUGAGUUUGUCUACCAGUUUCAGAGCUUUUGCCAAUACAGGGCUAAGAUGAAGAACAAGACCGAGCAGGAGAUUGCGCUUCUCAAGCAGUUUGACCAGGCCUGGAAUGUGUAUGGUGUACUGAACUACUUGCAAGCGCUUGUGGAGAGGUCCAUGAUCAUUCAGAUUCUUGAGCAGGAGAAGGAAGGUCUGGAACAGUUUACUGCGACGGAUGGGUAUGAUUACAGUGGUGGGAGUAAUGUUUUGAAGGUGUUGGGGUAUUUCAGCAUGGUGGGAUUGCUGCGAGUUCAUUGCCUUUUGGGUGAUUAUCAUACUGGUUUAAAGUGCUUACUUCCCAUUGACAUUAGUCAACAAGGUGUUUACACGAGUGUAAUCGGAAGUCACAUUACCACCAUAUAUCAUUAUGGGUUUGCCAAUCUUAUGUUGCGGAGGUAUGUGGAGGCGAUUCGUGAAUUCAAUAAGAUUCUUUUGUACAUUUACAAGACCAAGCAAUAUCAUCAAAAGUCUCCACAGUAUGAGCAGAUACUGAAGAAGAAUGAGCAGAUGUAUGCCUUGCUGGCAAUUUGCCUUUCACUUUGUCCCCAAGUAAAACUUGUUGAGGAAACUGUGAACUCUCAGCUGAGGGAGAAGUAUGGUGAAAAGAUGAUCAGAAUGCAAAGAUAUGAUGAUGAGGCAUUUGCUAUUUAUGAUGAGCUCUUCUCAUAUGCAUGCCCUAAGUUCAUUACCCCUUCGGCUCCAAGUUUUGAGGAGCCUCUUGUAAAUUACAACCAGGAUGCCUAUAGACUUCAGUUGAAACUGUUUCUUUAUGAAGUGAAGCAACAGCAGUUAUUAUCAGGUGUCAGGACCUUCUUGAAAGUGUAUUCAACCAUCUCCCUUGGGAAGCUUGCAAAUUACAUGGAAGUUGAUGAACCUACAUUGAGGACUAUCUUGAUGACAUACAAGCACAAGACACAUGCUGUUGAUGGUGAUGGAAAAAUUGUAUCCAAUGCUGAUGUGGAUUUCUACCUUGACGAUGACAUGAUCCAUGUUGUUGAAUCCAAACCAGCUAAGAGAUAUGGGGAUUACUUCUUGCGUCAAAUUGUCAAGCUGGAAGGGGUGAUCAAUGAUUUGGACAGGAUAAAGCUUGAUUGAGUUGUGCCCAUCACCUUCUAGGGUUGGCCCCGUGGUCUUUCCGGUUGUUCUUUUCAAUUAUUAUAGUACUUGGAAAAGCUUUUCCUUCUUACUUAUUUAUCAUUUUCCUGCUUUUUUGAAUUAGUGGAGAUGGUUAGUUAUUAAAUAUGUGAUUUAAAUCA